AUGGAGUAUCGAGAUGAUGGGCUGGGUGAAAUGAUUGAGUUUUUGGAAGACAAACUAUAUUUUACAUCUUUAGAUGAACCACCAAAUGAAGCUUUAUACCCUCACAUGCACUUCUUCUCAAUAGAUGAUGAACUUGUUUACAAUCCUUUCUAUCAUGAUUUUGGACCAUUAAACGUGAGUCAUCUAAUUCGGUUUGCAGUCAUUGUUCAUGGAAUUAUGGCGAAGCAUCGACAAUCCAAGAAGAAUAAAACAAUUGUUCUUUAUUCGUCCACGGAUACCCGUUUACGAGCAAAUGCAGCUUGUCUUUUGGCAUGCUACAUGGUUCUUGUUCAAAACUGGCCUCCUCAUUUGGCUUUGGCUCCUUUGGCUCAAGCAGAGCCUCCUUUUCUUGGAUUUCGAGAUGCUGGCUAUGCUGUUUCAGAUUAUUAUAUAACCAUUCAGGACUGUGUGUAUGGCUUAUGGAGAGCACGGGAAAGCGGUAUUCUUAAUAUACGGAACAUCGAUGUUCACGAGUAUGAGACCUACGAAAAAGUUGAAAACGGCGAUUUUAAUUGGAUAUCACCGAAAUUCAUCGCUUUCGCUAGUCCAAUUCAGGCUGGCUGGAACCAUCCUAGCACUCGUCCGAAGAAACUCCCUCAACCAUUCCUUAUCGUGUUAAAUUACUUUAAAACAAAUAAUAUAAAACGAGUCGUCCGACUGAACGGUCCUUUAUACGACAAAAGCACGUUUGAAUCCGUCGGCAUUCGUCAUCAAGAAAUGUAUUUCGAAGAUGGUACAGUGCCCGAGCUUUCCUUGGUAAAGGAGUUUAUUGAUCUCGUCGAAGAGGUAGAGGACGAUGGAGUAAUCGCUGUACACUGCAAAGCUGGUCUUGGCCGUACCGGUUGCUUAAUUGGAGCCUACCUGAUUUAUAAGCAUAGCUUUACUGCUAACGAAGUAAUCUCUUAUAUGAGAAUUAUGCGUCCUGGAAUGGUUGUUGGUCCCCAACAGCACUGGUUGCAUAUUAAUCAAGUUCAAAUUCGCGCAUAUUACUAUGAGAAGGCUAUGGCGAAAGCUAUUCAACAAGCCAUUACUACUGAACCACUGGCGACUCCCCCAAGGCAACCGCUUCAUGCAUCCAACGGUGUUGCUGCGCAGGAAAAAGUUAGCACUCCUUUACCAGAGCCUACUCCAGGCCAGCCGCGUAAGAUUUCCGGUCAUCAUAGUAUGGCUUCCCCUCAGCGAUUACCAACCACCUCUGCUCGAUUAAACGAAAAAUUACAGAGUGUUUCUAAACGGGCUUCUAACGAUGAAAACAUAAUGAACAAGUACUCAGAAAGGCGUGAAGAUCCAAAACCGGAAGGCGAAGAUACAGAUACCGAAUCUGUAGGAACCCCCACGGAAACAAUCUCUGUAGCACGUCUUCGAAGGUCUUCUAGCCAAACCACCCCAGAAUCUUCAGUUCGCUCUCCUUCUUCAUCUUUCAGAGGCAGUUCUUCUCGGAGGUCCAGUGGACGUUGGAAUGGUAGUACUUCUCCUCUCAACGGUCAUACAAAGAAAGCAACCCAGAGAAGUGCCAGUAUGUCUUCUAUAAACAGUACGUCUAAUGGCCGCAUUACAAAGCCUCGCUCUCCCAAAUCUCGGCUCUUUUCUUAA